AUGGAGGAGGAAAGUCAAGAGCUUUUGUUGACCCAGUUCAGAAAAUCGGUCGAGAAAUUAUCUUCUUCCACUGAGGGACAUGAGAAACCGACAUUGAUGAGGUUCUUGGUGGCAAGAUCAAUGGACCCAGACAAGGCAGCAAAGAUGUUUGUAGACUGGCAAAAGUGGAGAGCCUCCUUUGUUCCUCCAUCUGGAUUCAUACCAGACUCAGAAGUGAAAAAUGAAUUGGAAUUCAAAAAGAUCUGUCUUCAGGGUCCAACCAAAUCCGGACACCCUUUGGUGCUUGUCAUAACCUCUAAGCAUUUUGCUUCUAAGGAUCAAGCUAACUUCAAGAAGUUCGUCGUUUAUGUGCUAGACAAAACAAUCAAAAGUGGCAUUAAAGGCAAAGAAGCAGGAGAUGAGAAGUUAGUAGGUGUUAUCGAUCUUGCAAACAUUACAUACAAGAACCUCGAUGCUCGUGGAUUGAUCACCAGCUUUCAGUUCUUACAAUCUUACUACCCGGAACGCCUUGCAAAAUGCUACAUCUUGCAUAUGCCCGGAUUCUUUGUAACCGUUUGGAAAUUCGUUUGCCGCUUCCUAGAGAAAGCAACUCAGGAAAAGAUUGUAAUAGUAACAAAUGCAGAAGAACAGAGAAAAUUCGAGGAGGAUAUCGGAUUAGAGGCUUUGCCGGAAGAAUACGGUGGCCGAGCUAAGCUCACAUUAAUCCAAGAUGUGGUUCUUCCUCAGGCUGCUCCAGAAAUGUUAACGAACAACAAUCAUCUUUAA